AUGGAGGUCGAACUCACAGCACCAAACGGCAGGAAGUGGACUCAACCACUGGGUCUCUUCAUCAACAACGAGUUCGUCAAGAGCAGCAAUGGGCAGAAGAUCGCCUCCAUCAACCCCACCACCGAGGAGGAGAUCUGUUCUGUCUUUGCCGCUACUGCGGACGAUGUCGACACGGCAGUGACUGCCGCGCGCAAGGCCUUCAAGGACUCUUCAUGGAAGUCCCUGUCGGGCACGGAGCGCGGCGCUCUGAUGACGAAAUUGGCUGACCUGAUCGCACACCACGCAGAAACGCUGGCCACCAUCGAGUGUCUCGACAAUGGCAAGCCGUACGCUGUUGCCCUCAGAGAGAACGUGACCGAAGUGGUCAAUGUGCUGAAGUACUACGCCGGUUACGCCGACAAGAACUUUGGCCAGGUCAUCGACGUCGGCCCAGCCAAGCUUGCCUACACGGUCAAGGAGCCCCUAGGAGUCUGCGGCCAAAUCAUCCCCUGGAACUAUCCGCUGGACAUGGCCGCCUGGAAGUUGGGUCCCGCCCUGUGCUGCGGCAACACCGUGGUACUCAAGCUGGCUGAGCAAACGCCGCUAUCGGUUCUGUACAUGGCACAGCUCAUCAAGGAAGCCGGCUUCCCACCGGGCGUAGUAAACAUCAUCAAUGGUCACGGCCGGGAAGCGGGCUCGGCGCUUGUGCAGCAUCCGCUUGUGGACAAAAUCGCUUUCACUGGAAGCACCGCCACCGGCAAGGAGAUCAUGAAGAUGGCUUCAGCGACCAUGAAGAACAUAACGCUCGAGACGGGCGGCAAGUCGCCGCUCAUCGUGUUUGACGACGCCGACCUCGACCAGGCAGUGACUUGGUCCCACUCGGGUAUCAUGAGCAACCAAGGGCAGAUCUGCACUGCCACGUCGCGCAUCAUGGUGCAUGAGAAAGUCUACGACGAGUUCAUCAAGAGAUUCAAAGCCAAAGUCCAGGAGAUCUCGGUCGUGGGCGACCCGUUUGAAGAGACCACAUACCAGGGACCGCAGGUGACCAAGGCGCAGUAUGACCGGGUGCUCUCGUACAUCAAGUCUGGACAGGAAGAGGGCGCAACCAUCGCCCUCGGCGGCGAGCCGAUUCUUCAGAAGGGCAAAGGAUUCUUUAUUGCGCCAACCGUGUUUACAAAUGUGAAGCCCAACAUGAAGGUCUUCCGUGAGGAGAUCUUUGGCCCAUGUGUGGCCAUCGUCGCCUUCAGCACAGAGGAGGAGGCAAUCCAGUUGGCGAACGACACGACGUACGGACUUGGGUCAGCAAUCUUUACCAGAGACCUGGUGCGCGCACACAGGGUGGCGCGAGAGAUUGAAGCGGGUAUGGUCUGGAUCAACAGCAGCAAUGAUUCCGACUUCAGGAUCCCAUUUGGAGGAGUCAAGCAGUCUGGCAUCGGUAGGGAGCUGGGCGAGGCGGGGCUGGCGCCAUACUGCAACAUCAAGGCUAUCCAUGUGAAUCUUGCGACAUGA